UAGGAGAGUAACCAGGCCUUCACCACUCGUGAUGGCACGACUUUCUUUUCUCUCUAAAAAUAUGGACAGAAAAUGAAUCGUUUAUAUUUUAGAACAGCCAACAGCAAGCUUAAAUAUUCGCAAGCGUGUUAUGUCUGUUAAGGAAAACCUUAAUGAAUCGCUAUUAGCUAACGAGGUAGCAAGCACAGACCAAACGCGAAGCCCAACUUCUGGAAAUUCAUCGGAAAUCAUGGCCUCUCGCUUUGUUUGUGGCGGACCAAAUUUCACCGUUGCCGUUCUGUUUUUCAUAAAUUUAUUGAAUUACAUGGACCGCUUCACGAUUGUAGGUGUUCUUUCAUCCAUUCAGAAAUACUUUGAUGAGGAGGAAAACUCUGUUGCCGGACUUUUACAGACCGUGUUUGUCUGUAGUUAUAUGGUUUUUGCACCCAUAUUUGGUUACCUUGGUGAUCGACUGCGACGUAAAUAUCUUAUGGCCCUAGGUAUACUUGUCUGGUCUGGGACUGUGUUUGCCAGCACCUUGCUGGAUCAGGAUGACUACUGGUACUUCCUACUUUUGAGGGGUGUGGUCGGUAUUGGAGAAGCUAGUUACUCCACAAUGGCGCCUACCAUCAUUGGGGACCUCUUCACUGGAGAUAUGAGAACUAAGAUGUUGAGCAUAUUUUACUUUGCCAUCCCUGUUGGCAGUGGCCUUGGCUAUGUUGUAGGUUCUAAAGUAGCUCAUGCUUUAGGAAGUUGGCAAUGGGGAAUGAGGGUCACCCCUGUGCUGGGUGUGGCAUGUGUGCUUCUCUGUCUCUUUGUAGUACAUGAGCCACCUAGGGGAGCUAUUGAACGAGGCUUCAACCCCAACCUUCUGUCCGCCUCAACUGUGCAUCAGAGUACCAGUUACUGGGAUGAUUUAAAGUACCUCUUCAAAGUGAAAAGUUUUAUCUGGUUAGACCUGGGAUUCACUUGUGUGGCUUUCGUUACCGGUUCUCUUGCUUUCUGGGCACCUAAGUUCCUCUACUAUGCUGCAAAGAUGCAAGACCUGCAUUUAAGAAAAGAUGACAUCACCUUCAACUUUGGCCUGAUCACGUGUGCUGCAGGCAUCGUCGGGGUGUGGCUGGGGGCGGAGCUAGCUCGACGCUGGAGGGUCUACAACAAAAGGGCGGAUGCCCUUAUUUGUGCCAUAGGCCUUAUUGGCUGUACACCUUUCCUUUAUCUUGCAAUUGUAUUCGCCCAUAAGAGCCUUGUUUCUGCAUAUGUGACAGUAUUCAUUGGUGAAGUUCUCCUCUGCAUGAACUGGGCUCCUGUGGGGGACAUGGUGCUGUACGUGAUUAUCCCACCUCGAAGAUCUAGUGCUGGUGCCGUGCAAAUCCUAAUAUCUCAUUUGUUUGGGGAUGCAGGAAGUCCUUGGCUUAUAGGGGAGGUGUCAGACCUCAUCCGCGGUGCCAGGGACACAGACGAGGGCCAUCAGACAAGCAUGGAGUACGCCUUGCUCAUCAACACCUUCAUUGCUGUGUUAGGGGGCCUGUGCUUUAUCCUCUGUGCAUUCUACAUCGUAGCGGACCGUGAGGCAGCCGACCGCCAUAAUCACGAUGAUGACGAUGAGUCGCUUCUCAGCUCAGUUGCUGGGGAUCUUCAGGACAGGGAUAUGACUGAUAGGGAAAACAGUACUGAGGGACUAUCUGUGCCCGUAGAUGUGCAUAAUUGCAUUUCCUCUAGGCCACAGUUAGAUCAGCUAGUGCAGCCACCACAAGUGGUGUAGGAUUUUUACGGAACUCGAGAUAGCUAUUGACGUAGAGGCAUGAGAAAUUGUAUGCGGACGAAUUAAACAAUAAUAUUCUGUAUAAAAUAAAAUAAAUUUGUAAGUGCAUUUUGAAAUAAAAAAAAGAAUAUCUUA